AGGAAUACUUUUCUACCUAUUAUUAAUGGUAUCACCCUACCCUGUUAACCCAAGACUGCCACUAGGUAAUUUAGGACGCCAGCGCGUUCGGAAGGAGAUCUCCAAGGCCCUGCGCGCUAAUCCAGAACUGCGUUCUCUGUGCAAGUCAGUGGCACCUGAUAUCAAAAAAGCUACCAAAUCGCAACUUCUGGAAAUGUGUGUUAUUACCGGCACCUUGGAUCAAGCCAUCCAGAUCUCCCAGGAGAAUGCUGCUUCUCACGCUCUCAAUGAUUCUCAUCGAAGUAUUGCUAAUACCAACAACAACAAUCGAGGAACAAGCUCCGUCAUUAUGGAUGGCAAUUUAUCCCAAAGUAUCGGCUCGGCUGGCUCCAGCACUGCAGUGUCCACGACUUCAAUGAACGAUAAUAGGACCUUUGAUACGAUGAACUUCCCCUUCUGGCUUGAGGAGCAACGGGGCAGAAGUUUUGUUGAGGCAUUGAUUGACGAUAUAUCCAAACCGCCAGAGAGUUUCUAACUCAAUGUUAUCCAGGGACUCGGUAUGGAAUUGAGUGUUAGGCUUUCAUACUCUCCAAUGUGAUUCAGCUAAAGUGGCUUCGUUGUGAGCUGACAGUAACUCGAUUUCUAUCGUAUUGUAGCUCCUACUACUAGCACUACAACUCGUUGUAAAUGGCAGGUUUUGUUGUUGCUAUUGUUGUACCUGUCGUCGUCGCUCCAUCGGCCUCAGGAGCCCUUGUAGUAUUAUACACUUGAAAAGUCACGGUUCGGUCCUGGUGGGUGA